GAGUUCAGCCUCGAAUCCAAGUCUACAAUCGGUGUUGAGUUCGCUACCAGAAGCUUGAAUGUUGAUGGCAAGGUCAUCAAAGCUCAGAUUUGGGACACUGCUGGCCAAGAAAGGGAAAUGUUUGCCCCCACCACAAAGCUCCUAGUGAAAGGAAUAAACUGAGAACACUCACACUCCUCGAAAGUCUUCAGCCCAAAGUAUCAAGGCAACUCUGCUGAAAACAGCAUCUAACAAUCCAAGAGAAGGUCUCCAUUGAGGUGUCCUCUGUAUCCUUCAAGGUCCUCUUAAAUCGAGGGCUCCACACCAUGCCUGCCGAAGAGACCUCGAGGUAUCGUGCCAUCACUAGUGCCUACUACCGAGGUGCUGUGGGUGCGCUGCUUGUUUACGAUGUUACCCGUCACUCAACAUUUGAAAAUGUCGAAAGGUGGUUAAGGGAGUUGAGGGAUCACACGGAUCCCAAUAUUGUCGUUAUGCUCAUUGGUAACAAAUCCGAUCUUCGUCACCUUGUGGCGGUUUCAACCGAGGAUGGAAAGUCAUUUGCCGAGAGGGAGUCACUCUUCUUCAUGGAAACGUCCGCUCUAGAAGCUACUAACGUUGACAAUGCGUUUGCGGAAGUUCUCACUCAGAUCUACCGCAUCGUCAGCAAGAAGGCGAUGGAGUCGGGCAAUGAUGGAACUGCUUCUGCAGUCCCCACCAAAGGAGAGAAAAUCGACAUUGGAAAAGAUGUGUCCGCAGUGAAAAGAACUGGGUGCUGCUCAAACUAGGGUUUUGAACAGAAAUUUGAUUUGCUUUAAUGGGAUGUGGCCGGUUUGGUUUUUUUGCUGCAUCUAUUAUUGUACACCAUGAUUGUGUAAAAUUUUCUCAGAGAUGUUCACAUUAGGGGAGAAGGUGAGGAUUUUACUUUGCUCAAUUUUAAAUUCAUUAACCCAUGAUUGUUAUAUCAUUUGUGCAAACAAAGAGCUUGAUGAGAGAUAUAGGAUAUUACUAUUUAUUGGCCCAAAUUUGCAUGA